UAUCUCGGUUCUUAUGCUGUGUGUAAAAACGCGUAGGGGAACUUUCAACCAGCAUGCUUUGCGAUUUGUUGUCAUGGCGGUUUGCUGAAGGUAGCUAGCUAGGAAAACGUUUUUCAUGUAGCUGUACUUUUUAUUGAUGUGUUGAGGACUUGGACGUUAAAGCCGCUUGCAAGAUAUAAAGAAUAACCAUGACCACUCAAUACAGUAUUCUGUUCAAGCAAGAACAUGCACACGACGAUGCCAUCUGGACUGCUGCGUGGGGCAGAAGUGAGAGAGAUGGUUUGGAGACCAUAGUCACUGGCUCUCUGGAUGACAUGGUGAAAGUCUGGAAAUGGUCAGAUGAGAAGCUGGAGCUGCAGUGGACCCUGGAGGGCCACCAGCUAGGUGUAGUCUCAGUGGACGUCAGUCCAAAUGGAGCAAUCGCAGCCUCAAGUUCCCUUGACGCCCACAUCCGCCUUUGGGACUUGGAGUCCGGGAAACAAAUCAAGUCCAUGGACGCAGGCCCGGUUGACGCCUGGACAGUAGCCUUCUCCCCAGACUCCAAGUACAUUGCCACAGGAAGUCAUCUGGGAAAAGUCAACAUCUUUGGGGUUGAAAGCGGCAAGAAAGAGUACUCCUUAGACACCAGAGGGAAAUUCAUUCUAAGCAUAGCUUAUAGUCCAGACGGAAAGUACUUGGCCAGUGGAGCUAUAGAUGGAAUCAUUAAUAUCUUUGACAUUGCCACUGGGAAACUACUCCAUACGCUGGAAGGUCACGCUAUGCCUAUUAGAUCACUGACGUUCUCGCCAGACUCGCAGCUCUUGGUCACUGCCUCAGAUGAUGGCUACAUCAAGAUUUACGACGUGCAGCAUGCCAACUUGGCAGGCACUCUGAGUGGUCACGCGUCCUGGGUCCUCAAUGUGGCCUUCUCCCCCGACAACACACACUUUGUGUCCAGCUCAUCAGACAAAAGUGUUAAGGUUUGGGAUGCCAGCUCCAGGGCUUGUGUCAACACUUUUUUCGACCAUCAAGACCAGGUUUGGAGUGUGAAAUACAACAGUAAAGGUUCCAAGAUCGUGUCGGUUGGAGACGACCGGGCCAUCCAUAUCUACGACUGUCCCCAGUGAUUCAUUGGCUCUCAUUCCAACCACGCUGCAGUACACCCAGGACAGGCUGAAUACCUGCAUAAGGCUGAAUACCUGCAUAAGACUUCAACAUAGCUCAUUACUGUGGUGCAGCUCAAUGUCCUGAUUAGUUUUUCUUUCCUCUCCGAUCUGGAAACAUACCUGGCGUUAGCGGUCACCAGUCCAGCUGCUUUUUCUGAAGGUGAAAGCUCAGUUCAGACCACAGGUUCCAAGCUUGUUCCAUUGAGGGUAUUGGUUUUCACUCCUGUCAUUAAUUAGUUGGCAGCCCGCUUCAGCUGGUUAUCUAAACUGGACAUCAAUCUAAGGGAACCACCUCCCCAAAAAAAGUUUCAAUUUGGACUAAACUUGAUUUAGACUGAGAGUCACCCUGUCCAUAGCCUGUGUACUAUAUUCAUCCACUGAAAUCAAAAAUAUUAUGGAGGGGGAAGUUCAAUGCCAUUCAUUAUCUUGCAAUUAAUGACAUUUGUUCAGAGUUAAUAAAAAAACUUUUUUUUUA